CACGAGAUAAAAGAAGAGAAUGUGUCUUGCCCUGUGUACAACCACACAUCUAUUCGUAAACACCUUCACGUCCAACUGUACAUUUGACUUUUUUUGAAUAACAAAAAGCGAGGAAGAGCUCCACAAAAUACCACUUUUGGUGCUGGAAAUUACGUACCAUGAAUGCUGAGGAGUUCCGUCGUCGAGGAAAGGAAAUGGUUGACUUUGUAGCCGACUAUUUGGAGAAUCUGGAGCAGAGACCGGUCUUUCCAGAUGUACAGCCAGGUUAUCUCCGAUCCCUAAUUCCGACUGAGGCACCGCUGGAACCAGAGAACUAUGAGGAGAUAAUGAAGGAUGUGGACCGAGUCAUAAUGCCUGGGAUUACCCACUGGCACAGUCCAUACUUUUAUGCUUACUUCCCUGCGGCCUCCUCCUACCCUGCUAUAUUAGCAGAUAUGCUGAGUGGAGCCAUUGGAUGCAUUGGAUUCUCUUGGGCUGCCAGCCCAGCUUGCACCGAGCUGGAAACAGUGAUGUUAGACUGGUUAGGAAAGAUGCUGCAGCUGCCAGAGUCUUUUAUAGCUGGAACUCGUGGUCAUGGAGGAGGUGUCAUCCAGGUCCAUAAUGGUGUCCAGACAUCUGCCUUUCAACCCAUACCUUUCAAGCAACAUCCACAACGCUGGUUUGCUCACUCUCGGGGCACAGCCAGUGAGGCGACCCUCAUGUCCUUGCUUGCUGCCCGUUGUAAAAUUGUCCGUCAAGUCCAGUCCAUCAACCCGGAAAUGUCUGAACCUGAGAUUUUCAUCAAAUUGGUGGCGUACACAUCAGAGCAAUCUCAUUCGUCCGUGGAGCGAGCAGGUCUGAUUGGAGGCGUGAUGAUGAAGAAAGUCCCGACGGACAGCACUUAUGCUGUCACUGGUGAUACACUCAAGAAAAUUGUGGAAAAGGACAAAGAAGAGGGACUCAUCCCUUUCUACUUCUGUGCAACGCUUGGCACUACUGCAUCGUGUGCGUUUGAUCAUAUUUCGGAGCUGGGGCCUAUAUGUAAUGAGCAGAACAUGUGGAUGCAUGUUGAUGCUGCGUAUGCUGGGAGUGCAUUUAUCUGUCCUGAGUUUCGGCCUUUGUUGAAUGGCAUAGAGUUUGCUGAUUCUUUCAACUUGAACCCACACAAAUGGCUGUUGGUCAACUUUGACUGCUCUGCCAUGUGGGUGAAGAAGAGGCAGGACAUGAUUGGAGCCUUCAAAGUAGAACCACUCUACCUCAGACAUGAAAACCAGGAGUCAGGGCUAGUGACCGAUUAUAGGCAUUGGCAGAUUCCCCUGGGCAGACGUUUCCGCUCCCUCAAAAUGUGGUUUGUCUUUCGCAUGUACGGCCUCCAAGGAUUACAGGCUCAUAUACGCAAGCAAGUGAGCCUGGCCAAGGAGUUUGAGAGUCUGGUACGAGCAGACAAGAGAUUUGAGAUCUGUGCUGACGUGAUCAUGGGUCUGGUUUGCUUCAGGCUUAAGGGCUCCAAUGAGCUGAACCAGAAUCUGCUGAAGAGGAUCACAAAGAGGAGAGAGAUCCACUUGGUGCCUUGUCAUCUGACUGGACGCUUUGUCCUGCGCUUUGCCAUCUGCUCACGCACCACUGAGUCUCAUCACAUCCGGGAAGCAUGGAAACACAUCACACAGCUGACCUUUGAACUCCUGCAGGAGUCCAUUCAAUGACAACUAGGCAAGCUAGCAAUGCCCAUUUUGAUGCCUUCUGCCAGGGGUGUCAAACUCAUUUUUGACACGGCCCACUUUGAAGUUAUAUCUUCCCUUGGAGGACUGUUAUGACAGUGAAACUAAAAAAAUGUUUCAUCUUUUCAUGCACUCUGUAAUCUGAAAACAUGGUAAGCUGUCGACUGUUGUAACUGCUGUCCCUGGAAGGGUUAAUUGUCUUAUCAUAUUAAAACGGAUGGAUUACUUGUUUUGAAAUCAGUCAUGUCAAAAACAUAGAAGUUGAUAACAUGAUUUGCUUUGAUGGGCCAAAAUUGCGGGCCGGAUCUGGCCUCUUUGAGUUUGACAACUGUGACUUAGGCUAUUAACUUAAUGUUGCAGAAAAGAAAAGGAAAAACAACAUAAACAUGAUAUUACUAGUUUCAGGUGAAACAACAGUUUUCUCUACUUGAAAAAAAAAUGAUUCGGCAAGACAGUGGAGCGUGGUGGCCUCACACUCGAGAGGUUCUGGGUUCAAAUCUCAGCUCAAUGCCUACUGUGUGGAGUUUGCAUGUACCCCAUGUGCAAACUUAUUUCACUUUAUCCAGAUUUGUUAUUUACAAUGGUUGCAUGUGCUUUCUCUUGGUUCUCCAACUUCCUCUCACAUCCCCAAAACAUGUUUAGCUAUUUAUUGCCGAUGUAGCUUGUGUGUCCUGUGUAAAACGUGGGUGUCGUCUGAUCACCACCACUUAGUGAGUCGUCGUGUCAGCCUUCUUCGCCCAUUGAAAAAUUGUGUGGUCUCUGAUGAAUGUCCAGUGUUGCACGUUGUAUGUACAGUAUCUAGGCUAUGGGUGUUGGUUUUGAUGUACUUCUCUGUAAAUGUACACCAUGUACUUAGUGAUAAGCGAAACCAGACAGAUUUUUCUUGAGUUGGGUAGCUGCUUUUUUAUUUAUUUAUUUGUUUUUUUGCGGCCGAUACCUUGAUGCAUUUUGCUCAUGACAUUAGUGAUAACAAAUUGCAUUACUCAUUAUGAAGAAUAUGUAACAGAGUAAACCCCCAAAGGCACACUUGAACUUUUCUUGAAUUUCAGACAAGCCACCAUUAUAUUCAAAAGGGUGAAGUCAGAGCUGUCAAUAAUGAAUACACAAGUAAAUGAAAAGGAAUAGGAAUUAAUUUAACAAAAUGGCAUUUUACCUUGUGAAAUGAACUAUGCCUUUGGUAACCAGGCUCAUUCAUCAACUCAAAUUUCCUAACAGAAAAGCAAAAUUAAAAAAAUAAAAAUGCUUAAAUUAUAAAUACUGUAAUUAAUAGUUAUAAAUUGAACGAUGGAAACUCAUACCUGUACAUCAACAGCACAGAAUUGAAACACCCAUCAUUAAUGUAGUGAACUAAUUUUGACAUUCGUGAAUGAUCCUUCACGAACAGAACAAAGUGAACUCUGAGGAACAGUAAUGACUUUGCUGUAGAUGCUAUAGAACUAAUGUGUAGUGGAACCACAAAUUAAGGGACUAAUACUGUAGAGGGAUGGGUCACGCAUACAAGCUAAUUGUCAAUCAAAUUGAAAUAUAGUCUUUUUUUUGUCUUAACAAAACCCAUUACAGUACAUUGAUCAAGUGUUACAGGCAGAAAAGCUUAUUUUAGAAAUGUAAGUGAUGAAAUGCAUAUUCAAUCUUUCCAGCAGCUCCUAUAUUUUGUUCUUCUGCUUCUUCUUUUAAUAACUUUGCUGCUGUGAAUUGGGAAUUUCUCCAUUGUGAGACUAAAAAAUGAUUUCUUGUCUUAUAUUUGGUUGCAUUGUAAUGAAUCACAAUCCAUGAAGAUUUGAGGAACAUGAGUUGAAAAUUGUUUUUGAGCUGUCACAAAGAAGGAUUAAAGGGGGAAACACUUCACAGGGAUAUUUAAACAAUUUAUGAGACGUAACAUCCUGAGAAGUGAAUGAAUCCACAUGGAUGUUCGCAUGACUAUGACUCAGUAAUGUAGGUAUAAGUAUUACAGUACAUAUUCUCUAAAAUCUUCCCACUGCCCAACUCUGUUCAAUUCCAAUCUGAUCAUUUUGCAUUCUUCACAUCUCAACAUGGACCAACCCCACCUAAGGAAGGCGCUGUUGUUAUUAUAAUUGUCUUUGUGUUCCUCUCUUGCAUGGAUGCAUGUGGUUCUUUGAGCUUAUCAGAUAUAAUAAAGUAUACUGUUAUCAGCAAAA